AUGAGCAUGGUAAAGAGCCGGGAGCGGCUGGAGCAGCGGCUGGUGGGGAUGGUGGCUGCCCCGGAGACGUCUCCAGCCUGGUCUGCACUGGGAGAGGAGGGGCUGGCGACCAUGAAACAGGACAAGAGCCAUGGGCAGGAUGAGGCAGACUGCAGGGCAAAGCUGAUCCUCCUCAACGGGGACUGCACCAAUCCUGCUGCGCCCAGCGUUGUACUGGAGGCGAAUGGAAAGCCCAGUACUCCAGAUCCCAUGGACCUCGCGCUGUUGCCUCUGCAGAACAAGAAGGACAGCAAUGGAGACCUCUCCAAGGAGGACCUGGCCUGGCCACUUGGCCUGGCGGGGGUGCAGAAGGCAGGGCAGGCCCGGCACGUGACGAGGAUCAAGGAUCGAAGCAGUGUGGAGGCUCUCAGGGACCUGCGAACUCCUGCGCGGGGCUCCAGGCGUCGCUCAGCCGUGUCCACACCGCUGACCAUCGACCUGACAGAGGAUGACUCUCGGGACUCAUCCCAGAGCAGCAGCACACUCUCUGGCAGCAGCUCCCAGGAGGGGCAGAAUGGCUCUGCCGAGCUGGGGGCUGAGGAGUCAGAGAGCAGAGAUGUGGGGAUGGCGCUGGAAUACCAGGAUGGGAAGGACUUUGGAAUUGGGGAGCUGGUCUGGGGGAAGAUCAAAGGUUUCUCCUGGUGGCCUGCGAUUGUUGUCUCCCACAAAGCCACGGCCAAGCGCCAGGCUGUGUCAGGCAUGCGGUGGGUGCAGUGGUUUGGAGAUGGAAAGUUCUCUGAGGUUUCUGCGGACAAGCUGGUGGGACUGAUGGCCUUUAGGCAGCAUUUCAAUUCUUCCACGUUCAAUAAGCUGGUGUCCUACCGCCGUGCCAUAUACCAUGCCCUGGAGGUUGCCCGGAGCCGGUCUGGGAAGACGUUUACAACUGGCCCCAGGGACUCGCUGGAGGAGCAGCUGAAGCCGAUGAUUGACUGGGCAAUCACUGGCUUCAAACCCCUGGGGCUCAAGGGACUGCAGCCACCCAAAACCUCAGAAAAUGGGGUGCUGAGGAAUGGGACAGAGGAGGUGCUGUCCCUUGAACAGUAUCCCCCCACCAAGAGGCUGAAGAGCUACCCCUGCAACAAUGGCAAGGAGCAGCGCAUAGAAGAGGACCAGACCCGAGAACAAAUGGUUUCCGAAGUUACGAACAACAGCGGGAAGCUGGAAGACAGCUGUUUGUCCUGCGGGAGGAGGAACCCGGCAACCUUCCACCCACUGUUCAAAGGAGGCCUCUGCCAGACGUGCAGGGAUAGAUUCCUGGAGUUCUUCUACAUGUAUGAUGAAGAUGGUUACCAGUCCUACUGUGCUGUCUGCUGUGCGGGCAAGGAGCUGCUGCUCUGCAGCAAUUCCAGCUGCUGCAGGUGCUUCUGUGUGGAGUGUCUGGACGUGCUGGUGGGGCGAGGGACGUCGGCCAGAGCAAAAGUGCAGGAGCCCUGGAACUGCUACAUGUGCUCACCCCAGCAGAACUACGGGCUGCUGCAGCGCCGGCAGGACUGGAACGCCCGUCUGCUGGACUUCUUCACCAGUGACAAGGGACAGGAAUAUGCUGCACCCAAAAUCUACCCAACAGUCCCGCCAGCAAAGAGGAGACCAAUCCGAGUGCUCUCAUUGUUCGAUGGGAUAGCAACAGGACAUCCAGGAGCAGCCACAUUGAGCUCUGCUGACGAAGGAGACCGGGAGGCCAAAGAGAGCAGCGCGACCUCAGACCUCUGUCCGUUGGCAGGGUACAUGGUGCUGAAGGACUUGGGCAUCCAAGUGGAGAAGUACAUCGCCUCGGAAAUCGGCGACGACCCCAUCGCGGCGGGCACCGUGCGGCGGCCCGAGGGCAAUAUCACCUACGUGCACGAUGUCAGGAACAUAACCAAGAGAAAUAUUGAGGAGUGGGGUCCUUUUGACCUGGUGAUCGGCGGAACCCCCUGUGACGACCUCUCCCUUGUCAAUCCAACCAGGAAGGCGCUGUUUGAAGGAAGCGGGAGGCUGUUCUUCGAGUUCUACCACCUGCUCAACUACGCCCGUCCCAAGGAAGGCGAGGAGCGGCCCUUCUUCUGGAUGUUUGAGAAUGUGGUGGCCAUGAGGGUCAAUGACAAGAGGGACAUUUCCCGGUUUCUGGAGUGUAACCCAGUUAUGAUUAAUGCAAUCAAGAUAUCGGCUGCCCACCGAGCUCGUUACUUCUGGGGCAACCUCCCGGGGAUGGACAGGAUCUUCGGCUUCCCCCUCCACUACACGGACGUCUCCAACAUCGGCCGCGGGGCUCACCAGAAGCUGCUGGAGAAGUCGUGGAGCGUCCCGGUCAUCCGGCACCUCUUCUCCCCGCUCAAGGAUUACUUUGCCUGUGAAUAGCAAGCCGAGCGUCCCUGUCUCUCUGGUAAAGGUGCACAGCGCCGCUGCUGUGGCGGGAGAGGGACGGGCACGGCUGCCAGACUGCCAGGGCCCCGUCCCUCCCCGGCCACGUGCUGCGGGACGGCAGCCUGGCCCUGCAGGGAGGGCCGUCUGUAACCAAAGAACCUGGCAGGGUCACUUCUUUAAAGGGACUAACGGCAGUGAUUCGUAGGAAAUGAUGGACAAGGAGCUUUAAUUACCCAGCAGCAGGAGCUCUAUGCAUCACUGAUGAGACAUGAGUCUCCUCCACAGCAUUAACUAUUCUGGUUUAGCCUGGAGCUGGGAAGUCACCACUUGCUGAGCAGUCACUGUGGGGGCAGCUGCCAGGGAGCUGCAGGCAAACCUGAACUACAGUGAAUUAAUGCUUUUCCUAAACAAACAAAACCUCUUGAAGCAACUGCCAAAAACCCCCAAACCGUAGCAGCAGGUGUAGGGGACCCUGCUCAGGUUACACACUGAACACAGGAUUAUACAGAAACCAAAUCUUUUUUAUUUUUAUUUUUUUUAUAAACUUUACUUUUGUUGUUAUAAUGUCUAUUGCUGCUUUUAAGGCAUUACAUAAGAAUGUGGAGAUUCCUAGACCUGAAUGUAGCUGAAACUGAACUGUGAGGUGAUAGAAUUACUUUUCUAGCUAGAACUGAAGAAAUACUGUUUUAUGUGUUUGGCUGUAGUUUACAGAUAUUCACUACUUCCCUUUUUAAAGCAUCUAAAACCUUUCCUUACAUUUUAAAAUCCUGCUGAAUGGCUUGAAAGCUUACACAGUAAUUGGAGCAGGGAGGAUUUGGUCUCCAGUGUCUGUAAAGGAAGAUGUUCUUGGAGCAUCCAUUUCCCAAAUGAAUGUGGUAUGUCAGCAGGAAGGACAGCGUAGUGGUCAAUGGCAUCCUCAAACCACAGCCCCCCCAAAUGUCACGUACCAUGUCAUGAACCCGAGCAGCAGUGGCAGGGUGUUGGCUGUGGGGCAGGGGGUUCCUUACAGGGAAAAUCCCACCCAACCCCUAUGGGGGUGCAAGGUCCAGGAGUGCAGCACUGCUCUUGCCCGUGCCCAUCCUGUACUGUGGGCAGGGGGAGUGGACCCUGAGGGGCAGCGAAGUGAGAAAGCUGUGGGGGGGCUGUGUGUGUCCCCCCACUGCGGGCACUGCCACUGCUGGGGGUUUUGGGGGGAUGCAGGCAGGGGCUGCACCUCUCCUCCUCUGCACACCCGUCUCCCUGUGCAUCCCUGGGCAGAGGUGGGAUGCUCCUGGUGCUUGUGUGCCCAGCCCCAGCCUGGCAGUGCCCUGGGGGCUCCCGUGGAUGUACGCACAAACUGGAAUCUCCUGCAGCCACCAGUGUGCUCACUUUUGAUUGCCUUCCUCUGCUCCCCAACUUUGCCAGACUGACUCUCCCGCUGUCCAUGAAGCCCUGGGCGUGCUGUGCCCAUAGCCAGCAUCCAGGGAGGUGUGGGUGCCUGCCUCUGUUCCUGCCAGGUUUUCCUUAGCCACUGGGCUGCUGCCUCAGCAGGCAUCUCUAAAGACUGAAUUCCAAUGCACAUUUCAAUGCACUGAAACAGCUUGUGACAUUCCCUUCUCCUCUGUCCUCCCCUACCUCUUCUGUUCGCCUGUCACCUGGCUCUGGCAGAGCCCUUCAGUGCCUUCUCACAAUUAAUUGGGUCCAAACCAUGGGCCAACCCACUCCCCUGAUUGGUGCUAGGCUGUCUUGCAAGGUGUUGUACAGCAUCAGUGGGAAGUGAGAGCCUCUCUCCCAGCUCCUUCUACCUCUCUGACACGCUGGGACCCCCUGGCACCCCUGUCUCAGCUGGUGGAGGAUGGCAGCCUCUCAUUUUCCACCCCAGCUCUGAGGAUCAUUUUCUCUUGGUCUCCACCCCAAGGCUGUACUUGGGAAUGGGCAGAAAAGGAAGCCCAGGUAGUUUAAAGGCUUUUUUUCCUGUUUUAACCUGGAGGUUACUCUUAAAGUCUUCACUGAGGGGUUCAUUCUCCAUGACAUAUAUUCAAGCCCCACACCUUAGUCAAGAAAACGCUGGAGAAAGCCAAGUGAGCUGCUCCAUGUCACUUCUUGGGGACAUGUAGCACUGUCUUGUCACCAGCCUCCGGGCUGGGAAGAUGGCAGGGUGGGUUCUGUGCGUGCUGAAGGUGUUUGGGAAGCCUUGGCAUUGCCACUGCUGCACUGACUGGUUUUGAACCCCUUGCCAACCUCUGAUCCUUGUGUCCAGCUGGAGCCCAGCCACAACACUAAUUCCUCAUCCCAGCUCCUUGAAGUCCCUGUUCAGAGCCCAGCACAGGGCCUGUGGGGGACAGGCAUGCUCUGCUCUGGACCCCUCUGAUGGGUUUGAUUUUUCCAAACUGGGCAAACGCGGUGUCCUCCACUCCACAGCAUCCCUGAUCUUAUACUCCAAAUCUCACAUCCUUUCCUAUCUGAUCAAAAGGAAAACAAAUAGAUGAGGGGGAAAAAAAAAAGGACUUGGGGAAAGUAAACAAAGAUAAAAGAGGAAUGAGAAUUGUCUUGGCAUUAAGCUCACUUGAUGAGAAUUGUAGCAGACAAGUCUUCCUUGAAAUGUUUUUCCCUGUUAAGAGCCGCCUUUUAUUAUGUGUUUAUAAAAUGUUGUUAAGGGAGGAGGAUUUCAGAAAUGCCUUUUUAAUACUUUUUAAAGGUUUCUAACUCCCUGGUGCUAUUUUUUUAGGUUAAGGAUUUUUAAUGUUGAACAUGUUGCGGGUUUUUGUACAAUCUUCUAAAAAUAAAAGAAAUGUAUCAUUUUGAACACAUUUUACAUGUUUUUUUUGUAUCCGGAGUGUGGAAACUCCCAAUUCUUCCUCGUCCACAUGAUU